AAGAAGAAGAAGAAGAGCUUCACUCGUCCAGACAUGGCGUGGCUCCAUCAGAGUCGAGGUUCUCCCAGACUUGUCCUGGUGGUGGUGUGUGUGGCUCUUCUGCUCGACAACAUGCUGCUCACUGUGGUUGUGCCGAUCAUCCCAACAUUCCUCUACGCCAUGGAGCAUCCUAGUCCAGAGCCCCAGACCGCCCAGCCCUCCCUGCUCCCUCUGCCCAGCCGUGGUGCCUCACGCCCGGGCGUGGUUCCCUCACAGGCCCCGUCCCCCGGGUCAAACCUCCAGACCUCCAGUCAGACCCCCCAGGCCUCACAGCUGUCUCGGCCUAGCCACAGUGCACCGGUCCCGGGUAGACAGUCGGAGCAGAGCACCUUGUCAUCUCCCCCCACCUUCUCUCCUCUGGUGUCUCUCUUUGACAACACCACCUUCAGUCUGCAGGAGAUCCGGACUGAGCCGACCCCUGACACCGGGCCAGCAGACCAGACCAGUCUGGCCCCAGACCUGCAGAUCAACGAGAGCACGGAUGCUACGGAGUCCUCCUGUCUCCAGGACAGCGUGUUCCUGGAGGAGGAGAACGUCCGUGUGGGUUUGCUGUUUGCCUCUAAGGCUCUGGUCCAGCUGACGGUCAACCCCUUCGUCGGGCCGCUCACCAACAGGAUCGGGUACCACAUCCCCAUGUUUGCUGGAUUCAUCAUCAUGUUUGUGUCCACCAUCAUGUUUGCGUUCUCAGGAACCUACGCUCUGCUGUUCUUCGCUCGCUCUCUGCAGGGAAUCGGCUCGUCCUUCUCCUCUGUGGCAGGUCUGGGUAUGUUGGCCAGUGUGUACACAGAUGACGAGGAGAGAGGCAUCGCCAUGGGCGUCGCACUGGGAGGACUGGCUAUGGGAGUCCUGAUCGGAGCUCCGUUCGGCAGUGUGAUGUAUGAGUUUGUGGGGAAGAGCGCCCCCUUCCUGAUCCUGGCCUUCCUGGCAGUGUUCGAUGGAGCGUUACAGCUGUGCAUCCUGCAGCCUUCAAAGAUCUCCCCUGGGAGUGUGGAGGGGACUCCAUUACUGACCCUGUUAAAAGAUCCAUACAUCCUCAUCAGUGCAGGUUCUCUUUGUUUCGCCAACAUGGGCGUUGCCAUCCUGGAGCCGACGCUGCCUAUCUGGAUGAUGCAGACCAUGUGCUCCCCUAAAUGGCAGCUUGGUAUGGCCUUCCUUCCUGCCAGUGUCUCCUACCUGAUAGGAACAAACCUGUUCGGUGUCCUGGCCAAUAAGAUGGGACGGUGGCUCUGCUCCAUGUUGGGGAUGUUUAUCGUUGGAAUCAGUCUGCUGUGUGUUCCUUUUGCCACCAGCAUCUAUGGUCUAAUUGGACCAAAUGGAGGUCUUGGCUUCGCUAUAGGUAUGGUGGACUCCUCCAUGAUGGCCAUCAUGGGUUACCUGGUCGACAUCCGUCACGCCUCAGUCUACGGCAGUGUCUACGCCAUCGCUGAUGUGGCGCUGUGUAUGGGCUUCGCUAUCGGACCAUCCACAGGGGGCGCUCUGGUCCAGGCGGUGGGUUUUCCUUGUCUCAUGGUGUUUAUCGGGGUGAUCAACAUCCUGUACGCCCCGCUCUGCUUCCUGUUGCGUAACCCUGCGGUCCGAGAGGAGAAAAUGGCGAUCAUCGACCAGGAGUGUGUGAUGCACAGGAAAAACUACAACACGCAGAAGGAGAGUCGCGAGUUUCCUCUGAGCGACUACAGCGAAGAAGAAGAGACGGAGGAACUUCCUGCCGUCACAGCAGUCAGAACAGAGCAGACAUGGGAUUCGUUGAAGGGACAGCGCUGAUAAUAAAACCCCUUACAUGUCUUUCAUUUCUACAUCCAAUAGA